AUGCACUAUUAUAGAUACUCUAACGCCGAGGUCAGCUGCUGGUAUAAGUACCUCCUUUUCAGCUACAACAUCGUCUUCUGGUUGGCUGGAGUUGUCUUCCUUGGAGUCGGACUGUGGGCAUGGAGCGAAAAGGGGGUGCUGUCCGACCUCACCAAAGUGACCCGGCUGCACGGAAUCGACCCUGUCGUGCUGGUCCUGAUGGUGGGCGUGGUGAUGUUCACGCUGGGGUUCGCUGGCUGCGUGGGGGCCCUGCGGGAGAACAUCUGCCUGCUCAAGUUUUUCUGUGGCACCAUCGUGCUCAUCUUCUUCCUGGAGCUGGCCGUGGCCGUGCUGGCCUUCCUCUUCCAGGACUGGGUGCGGGACCGGUUCCGGGAGUUCUUCGAGAGCAACAUCAGAUCCUACCGGGACGACAUUGACCUGCAGAACCUCAUUGACUCCCUGCAGAAAGCUAACCAGUGCUGCGGUGCCUAUGGCCCUGAAGACUGGGACCUCAACGUCUAUUUCAAUUGCAGCGGCGCCAGCUACAGCCGCGAGAAGUGUGGGGUGCCCUUCUCCUGCUGCGUGCCGGACCCUGCGCAAAAAGUUGUGAACACACAGUGCGGAUAUGAUGUCAGGACCCAGCUGAAGAGCAAGUGGGACGAGUCCAUCUUCACAAAAGGGUGCAUCCAGGCACUGGAGGGCUGGCUUCCACGCAAUAUUUACAUCGUGGCCGGUGUCUUUAUCGCCAUCUCCCUGCUACAGAUAUUUGGCAUCUUCCUGGCGAAGACCUUGAUCUCGGACAUUGAGGCCGUGAAGGCAGGCCAUCACUUCUGA